GGGGCCGGGAGCGGGGAGCGCGGCGUGGAGGUGCCAGCGGGCGCGGGCGGCGACGAGGCCGGAGCUCCUGUGGCGAGCCGAGCGGAGCGCAGUGGGGACGGGGGCCCGGGGCGCGGCGGCGGCGGGAGGACGAUGGCAGCGCCCGCGGGAGCCGCGACAGUGCUCGCAGCCCCAGCCCGCAGGCGCUGGCUGUGGUCGGUGCUGGCGGCGGCGCUCGGGCUGUUGACCACUGGUGCAUCAGCCUUGGAGGUAUAUACACCAAAAGAAAUCUUCGUGGCAAAUGGGACCCAAGGGAAGCUGACAUGCAAGUUCAAGUCCACUAACACCACCGGCACGUUGACCUCGGUCUCCUGGAGCUUCCAGCCCGAGGGCACCGACACCACUGUGUCGUUUUUCCACUACUCCCAAGGGCAAGUGUAUCCUGGGAAUUACCCACCAUUUAAGGACAGAAUCAGCUGGGCUGGAGACCUCGACAAGAAAGAUGCGUCAAUCAACAUAGAAAAUAUGCAGUUUAUACACAAUGGCACCUAUAUUUGUGACGUCAAAAACCCUCCUGACAUUGUUGCCCAACCAGGACACAUUAGGCUCUAUGUCGUAGAGAAAGAGAUCUUGCCCGUGUUUCCAGUUUGGGUGGUAGUGGGUAUAGUUACUGCUGUGGUUCUAGUUCUCACUCUGCUCAUCAGCAUGAUCCUGGCUGUCCUCUAUAGAAGGAGAAACUCUAAACGGGAUUAUACUGGCUGCAGUACAUCAGAGAGUGUGUCACCAGUUAAGCAGGCCCCACGGAAGUCCCCCUCCGACACAGAGGGUCUAGUAAAGAGCCUGCCUUCUGGAUCCCACCAGGGCCCAGUCAUAUAUGCGCAGUUAGACCACUCUGGCGGGCAUCACAGUGACAAGAUUAACAAGUCAGAGUCUGUGGUGUAUGCGGACAUCCGGAAAAAUUAAGAGAAGACCCAGAACAUAUCCUAAGCAAGAAAAAAAUGAAAGGGGACGCUUAUGCAGAAAAUGUAGCCCAUAACCACGUGUGGCCUUGGAGAGCCGGGCAAGGACAAGCACAUGUUCAUUCAUGGAAGGAGAAAAAGAUGUGUAUAAAGGAUAUGUAUAAAUAUUCUAUUUAAUCUGAUAUGGGGAACCAUUGUUGCAUGAUGAAAAGAUGGUAUGAUUCUCCGUAUGUAUAAAUUGUCUUGCUGUUUUGUACUUUCUUUCAGGGUCCUUUACAGUUGGGAAAAGUCAGAAACAUUCCUGUCGCUGUCAUUUAGAUGUAGUUGGCCUUCAUGGAGAUGGUAGCAGAUCUUUAGUAUUCCAGUAGACAUGGCCCUUCUGUCUCAGGGCUUAAUCAGUCUUUGCAUUUAUCGUGGUUGGAGAGUGGAGACACUGUCCUGGCAUCGUGCCCAGGGUGGCCUCUAGCAGA